GUUUGUUGUUGUUUCCCUCUCGUGGUUGCUUCUUCUCGCCGUCGUUUGGCAAAGCCCUUCACCGCAGCCAUUUUCUAAAGGGCUGGCCAGCGCACUCGCCAAACGGUAAACCUUGCGCUAAAUAAAAGUCAAGACGAGAGAUCUGCCGGCCGCCUCAAGGGCGGCAGCAACAACCAUGAAGGAACCGUGACUACCGUGGGGUUCAAGCUACAGCGGAUAGGCAAACCCGAAGGCUUCGUCGUCAGGCGCUGCGGAGCUGCCGCGUGACGUCAUGAGCCCGCGACUGAGGGAAGGAAGGCCCCUCGGCUUUAGUAUGCGACUUGGAGCGAACUAGUGCCUGAAGGAAGUUGCUGUGGGACUGGGAUGGGGGCCGCGGCCCGGCGGAGGGGUGGUGAAAGGGUUCUGCCGACGAGCCGCGCUCCCAGCCGCCUGCCUGCUCCUUGAGGAUCCGCGAGGAGACUCUCUUCGUGCUUCUCCUCCUUUCCCGCCAGUGGGCCCGGGUCGGCUUAGGAUGUCUGGGCGGCUUUCCUCCCUUAUCCGCUCCCUCCAGCCUGCCCUGUGGACUUUUCAGUGUUUCCCGUUUGCAUUUCCUUCUCCUUCCCGCCCUUGAUUAGGCUGCCAGGCCCGUUUGGCUGGUUCUGCCACCCCACCCACCGACCCCACUUCGCCUAGCUGCCUCAAGGGUCAGCGUUCCGCUCUCUUAAGACUCCUUGUUGGAGGUGGAGGCUCAGGUCUUCGUCGGCGUGCCAAGGAGGGCCGAUCUUUGGUAAGAUGUCUUCGGGACACAAAACAGGGAGCUUCCCCGCCUGGAAGCGGCACAUCCUGGAUGAACUGAGGAGGCGGGAUCGGCUACAAAGGCAGGCUUUUGAAGAGAUCAUCUUACAAUAUAAUAAGCUCCUGGAGAAGUCAGAUUUCCAUACAGUGCUGGCAGACAAACUACAAGUGGAAAAGUAUGACUUACCAAGUCGGCAUGAAAUCAGUCCAGGACAUGAUGGGGCAAGAAAUGAUGCUCAUUUGCAAGAAAUAGCCCAGCUGAGAAUCAAACAUCAAGAGGAACUAACCGAGUUGCACAAGAAACGUGGUGAGUUGGCCCAGUCUGUUAUCGAUCUGAACAACCAAAUACAACAAAAGGACAAAGAAAUGCAGCUAAAUAAUGCAAAGAUUGCAGAAUAUUUGCAAAAGAUAUCUGAAAUGGAGACAGAGUGCCAGGAUCUGCGCAACAAGUUACAAGAUCUUGAACGAGCCAAUCAAACUCUCAAGGAUGAAUAUGAUGCUCUCCAGAUCACCUUUACUGCUCUUGAAGAAAAAUUAAGAAAAACUACUGAAGACAAUCAAGAGCUGGUAACACGCUGGAUGGCAGAGAAGGCUCAAGAAGCUAAUCGGCUCAAUGCAGAAAAUGAGAAGGAUUCAAGAAGACGACAAGCUAGGCUUCAGAAGGAACUAGCAGAAGCCGCAAAGGAGCCACUACCUGUUGAACAGGAUGAUGAUAUUGAAGUGCUUGCAGAUGAAACAGCUGAGGCAGCUGAUGAGACCUCUCCGGUGCGGACUGUCACACGGACAUCCAGUAAGCGACUCUCCCAACCAGCUGGAGGCCUUCUGGACUCUAUCACUAAUAUCUUUGGUCUGUCUGAGUCUCCCCUUUUGGGACAUCACUCUUCUGAUACUGCCAGGAGGCGCUCUUUGUCCUCAUGUCCUGCCCCUCAAGAUAAUGUGGAUGUACAACCAGGUGCAAUCAAAGAGGUGCGAGUUCCUAACACUGCAGUGUGUGUCUUUGAUGCUCAUGAUGGGGAGGUGAAUGCGGUGCAGUUCAGUCCUGGCUCUCGGUUACUGGCAACAGGCGGCUUGGACAGGAGAGUCAAACUCUGGGAAGUCUCUGGAGACAACAGUGAAUUGAAAGGCUCCUUGUCUGGCAGUAAUGCGGGGAUUACAAGCGUAGAGUUUGAUAGUGCCGGUUCUUAUUUAUUAGCAGCUUCAAAUGAUUUUGCCAGCAGGAUCUGGACUGUAGAUGAUCAUCGGUUACGGCACACACUCACAGGGCAUAGUGGAAAAGUCUUAUCAGCUAAAUUCCUCUUGGGCAAUGCACGCAUUGUGUCUGGGAGCCAUGACAGAACCCUCAAGCUGUGGGACCUGCGCAGCAAAGUCUGUAUAAAGACUGUGUUUGCAGGCUCCAGCUGCAAUGAUCUAGUGUGCACUGAGCAGUGUGUGAUGAGUGGGCACUUUGACAAGAAAAUUCGUUUUUGGGAUAUUCGAACUCAGUGUGUAGUACGGGAAAUUGAAUUGCUGGGUAGAAUUACCGCUUUAGAUCUGAAUCCAGAGAGAACAGAACUCCUCACCUGUUCUCGAGAUGAUCUAUUAAAGAUUAUUGAUCUCAGAGUCAAUAAUGUCAGACAGACUUUUAGUGCCCAGGGGUUUAAAUGUGGAUCUGAUUGGACCAGAGUUGUAUUCAGCCCCGAUGGAAACUAUGUGGCAGCUGGCUCAGCAGAAGGAUCACUCUAUAUUUGGAAUGUGCUCACUGGAAAAGUGGAAAGGGUGCUUUCCAAACAGCACAGUAACUCCAUCAAUGCUGUAGCAUGGUCACCCUCUGGAGCCCAUGUGGUCAGUGUGGACAAAGGAAACAAGGCUGUGCUGUGGUCUGAAUUUUGACUGAAUUAUCCAAAAACCAGCAUGCCAAAAACCUGCAUGGGAGGGUAAUGGUCUGUGUCCAUCCGGACAAGGCAGAAGUUGCAAGUCUGGCUCCAGUCAGUGAUCUUUUGCUAAGUGUACAAGCGGCACUCUGGGAAAGAAUCUCCUGAUGUAUCAGCCAUGGAAGAAAAGCCCAUCCCAUCUAAAGUGCAUUGCAAGCAUUCAGCCUGGCAAAGGAUUGGCCACAUUGGUGGAGAUCCAGUCAUUUUUAAGAUGUGCCAUCUGUGCACUGGAAAGAGUUUCCUCACCAGACAGCUGUGCCAAAUGGUUCCUGGAACAGUUCCUACAACACUUCAAGCUUUUGAGUGCUCUAGCAAAGUUCCUCUAUGUCUUGAGUUUAUGCAUGAACCUGUGUCCUCUAUUAUGGGCUAGCUAAGAUGAGAGGUGAAGGAUUGUUAAACAUAGGAAGGGGUGGGAUCUUGACUGCAGUUGUACUGAAAGAAGCCAAUAAAUUUGGCAGUUGUGUCCGCAGAGCUACUAGCACUUAAAUAAAUCACAGUUCCCUGUAUCAGCUUAACUUAUAUUAGAAAAAGAUUUUCAGGCCUGUAUCCUGCAGAGGCUUUCUGCCUGGUUUAGAUGGAGAGUGGUAGAGAGCAUUUUGAUUUGACCCAGUUUGUCCUGGGUUUUAAUUACGGGAUCGAGCAAGAAGUGCUGCUGCUGCUGCGAUGAAGAAUGUAUGACUUCAGCACCAAUACCAAAUAUACGGUUACUUCUGCAGCCCAACCGUCCUUCUGUACUGAAGCCUCUUGUGCACAGAGGAGUCAGAGGAUGAUAGAGACCUGAAUGUAAAUGUCCUGGUGCUGGCAAAUCCAGAUCACUUGCCUCUGAAAAAUGUGCAAUAUUAUUUCUGUGUUGGAGCUUUCCCUUUGCCAUGGGCCAGGCUUGUUGGCCUGUGUCCCUUGGCACAUAAAUGCACAAUAUAAUUGAGGAUUACUAACUUGUGGCAUUGAACGUUCAUCCAGCCAAAUACUUUUCCACAUCUAGUGGGCUGUGAGACAAGCCACCAGCAUUUAAUUGCCUUUUAAUUUGCACUUUAAUUUUGCUUCCUUCCUAAGCUUGCUCUGUCAGGAAGUGUUUAUAUUGAAGGGCAGAGGUGAGCAGAAUUUCUUGUGUCCGGGGCUUUAAGAUGAAACCCCUUCAUUUUGAUAACUUCUGCAGAGAAAAAUAGGAAGUACACAGGACAAACAUUAUUUAUUGUAUUAAUCCGCCCACUAGUACUUGACUUAUAAAUAAACCUGUGUCCUGCUUCUAAAUUGACACUGUUCUCCUCUUCUUCUUUUACUGUGGGUCUGCCAGGGAACAUGGAGAGAGAAAGGAUGGAGAGGACUGCAUUCUCGGCCAAGCAGUUAUGUCAUGGGAUAUAAAUUGUUAGAAGGGAGACAGGUUUGUGAGGAGGGAAUAGGUUGGAGGCUCUUUAGGAGAUGCUGGUGGACUAUGCUUGCUAAUGCAUUCUGCUUCUUCCUAUGAGCCACAAAAAGGGGAAGGCAAGAGAAAGAGAGCUUUUUAAUUAUUUCUUAAUGUGCAUAAUAGCCUAGCUCAGCAUUGCACUAGGGAAUCUGCUUGUGAGGACAAUGGAAGGUCAAGUGGGUUCUUCAUAUACCAGGAAGGGGCGGUGCUGGAUAGAGCUUAUGGGGCUUAAGUUAUUUUCAAUGCACUCUACAGCGUUUUCUUUCUCUCUCCAAUAUGCUCAGCAUGGCUCACAAUAGUCUUAACAUUUUUUCCUAUUUGAUUUGUCUUGCUUCUUUCUAAUGCUCUGUACAAAAACAGUGUUUAAUAAUUAAAAUAAAGUGGCAUCAAAAAUUUCAAGGUUAUUUAAAAGAACAAUUGCACACCACAAAAAAGACAGAAAUAAUGUGUCCAUGCAUCUGGAACAUUUUCCCUUGAUUCAUACUAUCCAAACCUCAAUUCCUGCCUGGCUGAUAUAAAAAUAGCUCCUCUUUGUUUGCUGUAGUUUUAUUACCUCUGCAUCAUUCCCGUGUUUACUGGGGGAAUAACAGGUGCCAUCAUAAAUGUCCCUGAUGGGUUACAUCCUCCCUUUUCAAGGUCUGUCAAGAAGGUAAUAUCCAGAGCUAAACACACUUUGCUGAAGAAAAGUUGCAGAGUUGUGACUGUAAGCCAGAUAACUGGAAUCUGCUGCUUGUCUCCUUGUUAUAGUUGUUCUAUAUACGACAGAUACCAGGACUGAAAAAUGAUAAAUCUGGUAGGCAUGAACACUCUUCAGACUGAGGAUGAGGUUGAGAAAUAGGGCAUAGUGAAUUCUGGUAUAUGACUGCCAUCUGGGUCAUUAGCGUAGAAAUAUCCUCUGUCCUACAUUGGCAUAAAACUCAGAACUGCUUGAGGACUUUGGCUAAGAAUGCCAGUUACCAAUGUGAUUUUCACAUUUGGUUGUUGCACAAAGCUACAUCUGCGAAACAGGAAGAAGUGUAACUUUUUUCCUAGAGUAAAAUUAGCCACCUCAAAUCAUGAGUGAAUUUAGCUGCUAAAUAGUGCUGUGGGAACUGAAAAAAAUGUAUAGUGGGAGAAAUCAAAUCAGUUGGGGGUAAAGAGCAUACGUGUUGGAACAUUAGUAACAUGUCCUGAACUUUCUAGUCACCUUAAUUAAAUACAAGAAUCACAGUAUUGUCCUGUCUUAAACACUGUACAGAUAACCUCUGGGAAUUAAAACUCUUGAAAUUUU